AUGCUCAUUGAUGGUGAGAAGUGGGCCUGUGAAGCUUGCGUCCGGGGUCACCGGGUCAGCAGCUGUCACCACAGCGACCGCCCUUUGACCCACAUCAACAAAAAAGGCCGCCCAGUCUCGCAAUGUACCCACUGCCGCGGCCUACGCAAGUCUCGGACAACCCACGUCAAGUGCGACUGUGGCGACAAGAAAAAGAAAUCCGACCCGUCCGACUGCCAUGGUGACAAGCGAGAUCUCAAGCAGGACUCCCUUCACCGCUGUGGCUGCAGUCAUGGCCAGCGCUGUACCUGUGCGCUGAAAAAGGAAACGCAUCUAGAUCCUGUGCCGGAGACGGGGCUGCCCCCGUCCCAGCCGUCCGUUCCUGCCGAACUUCCCCGGAAACCCCACCUCACGUCGACGAAGUCUGAGUCGACGCUGACAAUCUUCCGCGACGGUCACCAUAAACCCGCCCACAAGCAUAACGACAUGGCCCACAAGUGCGGAUUGCCGUACACAAUCCCACGAUCACAUACCAUCCACCACCCCUCCGACAUGCCUCGCCGGUCUGUGGACCAUCUUCCGUUGACCGCGUCCGCUUUUGUCCAAGAACCUCUAAGCCUCUCGAUGGAUCCCCACCCCCAGUCGCAACCUGGGUCGCAGCAUGGUUCCCCCAACAGCGCCCCUGCUGCCGGCGCGGAGGCUGUUGUGACUGCGACUUCUCUCGAUCAAGCAUUCCUGGACAAAUUCACAGCUCCUGCCCUCCCGGUGACUGCCGCAAUGGAUACGCCAACAGACGCUACCUCCAAUCCGACGUCUACCCCAGCCACUAUGGACAAGUUUCCCUUGGAGCAAAUUAUCACUAGUGUUCCUCCGCCUCUCGAUGUCUCGACCUUUACCACCUUCCCGACUACAACCACCAACUCGCCUAUUGCCUGCAUGGCCUUCCAAGAUCCGUACCAUGACCCUUACUUCACAUCCCCGGACUCGGAUGUGCCUCUGGGAUCGACCGGCGCGGGUGCUCCAUCGGUCGACUGGUCAAGCUUCCCGCUAUACUCGGAUGUUCCUGCUUCCACUAGCACGCAAACGCCGUCCUACGCCAGCUUCGAUUACCAGUCGUAUCCCUCGGGCCUGCCCCCGCCGUCGUCAUCGGGUGACAUCUCCGAGGUUGACGAGUUCGGGCCGCUGCCGGGUCUGGGACAUGCUGCCAAUGACAUGCAUGACCUCCACAGUGUGAGCGAAGCGUCGGACAUGGACCACCUCCGCGUCAGCUCUGCCUCCUCAUUGGUCGGUCUACCCCAAGCGCAGCUCCUGUCGUCGAAUGACCUGGGGUCGAUCAACAUCGAUGACUUCCUUAAGUCUGCCAAUGAGUCGACCGCUGCGCUCGAGCAUCAACUGCAGGCCAGCAUGGGCAUCGACGCGAAACCGACCCCCGCCCAGGAUGUCUUCUCCAUGUCGCAGGCGCCUGACUCGGUCCCCAUCUGGCCCGCCGGGCUCUUCGACACGACGUCCACCCCGCCCUUGGACGAGGACUACUUCCGCCAGUCGUGGACGCAAUAG